UUUGGCUUACUAGUCUGCUGUUUUUCCCCGUCGCUAAGCAGAUUCCACUAAAUUCUUUCAAUCUGAGGGGCAAUCAACAUGCUUCGGCACUUGAGCGAUUCGUCGAAGUUAAACUGUUUGUAGUUGUUGGAUUUGUUGAAGAUUCUUUGCUUUUGAACAGCGGCGGCUACAGAACUUGUAAGCUUUGGAUAUAAAUCCCUGAAGAAAGAAGGGGACUAUGCUGGAAGAGGCACUGGAUUGGAAGGGAGAUGGAUUGCCGCCUGGUGCUCUCAUUCUUAUUGAAGAUUGCGUGGCUGCAAAAGGCGGAUUCCUUCUUACUUUCAUGUUGAAGAAAUUGCUCACGUCUUCUGCCCAUGGUGAUGGGAGUUUUGCGCGUACGCGAGUGGUGUUUGUGGCCAUGGCGGAGCCGUUCUCUCAUUAUGGCCGGAUUGCUAAGAAACAGGGAUGCAAUCUGCUUCACUGCCGGGAUAAUGGGCAAUUGGUGUUUCUUGAUUUGAUGGCUGCCGGCAAUCCCCUCACCUCGCAAGUCAGAGGAUCAACGGAGCAGGUUUCUUCUCCCCUUCAAAGGCUCUAUCAAAUAGUGUAUGGUAUUGUGAAGAAGAUGAAGUCACAUAAUGCAAGCGAUCGGACAGUGAUAAUGAUAGACGAUGCCUCUCUUCUUGAGAUCUCUGCGGGUGGCAAGUCCGACCAAGUUCUCUCUUUCUUACAAUACUGCAGGGCUAUUCAUACAGGGAAUAAUAGAUGCUCUGUUGUUGUGCUCGUCCAUGGAGAUACGGACUUUAGAUAUGGUGCUGCAGGGCUGGACAGCGGUGGCUAUGGUGAACAGGGUGGACAAACAUCUUCAUCUCUGGCACAAGAGCUUGACCACAUAGCCGACGUCACAAUUUCUGUGGAUCCACUAUCCACUGGUCUUGCAAAUGAUGUGCAUGGCCAGGUAACUAUCACCCAUUGGAGUGACGUGCUCUCUAGUAGGGAAUCACGACAGGGUGUGCAAACAUUACAAUUCAAGUUAAUGGAGAACAAUACUUCUUUCUUUCAUCCCGGUGGAUGUCUCUGAUAUGAAAGUAAACUCUGCUACUUUCAUUAGUUUUGAGUUUUAAACAGGUCAGGUCCGUUGAUCGUGAAUAGAAUCAUUUUUUGCAAAAGAUAGUCUGUAGCAUAAGGACGUUUCAAGCUAGAGGCUUUUGUCUUAGUGAGUGUACAGUACUUUUGUUUGAAUAUACUGAUGCAAUACUAAGUGCACAUCUGACACUAAAGCGUUCCAAAGUGCCAUGUCCAUACAUUACGAUGGGCUAUCAUAAAUGCAACGUUUUUUUAGUAUUA